AUGCGAGAAGUUUACCUCCAUCUGCACGUCUCGGUAGCGAACAUUGGAGCAAUUGAGUGCAAUGCAAUGUAUUUGAUCAAGUGCUUCGGCAGUGGAAGUUUCCACAUGGCCUCAUUGAAAGCCUCACCAAAGUUCUUUAGCGACGCAUGCUGUUUAUCGCGUUCCUCUUCGGCCUGUUUUUCUACCUCGUCAUCAUUGUUAUCACCGUCUGCUAUGCGUGCCCUCUUAGCGCUACGUCGUGACACUGAUGGACGUGGUCUUCGAGUCGAGUUCGAUCCACUGGCGUCGUUGUUAUUUCUGUUGUUCCGAUCUGCUCCUGCCGCGAUUAUUACGAUUUGACGCUAGGAACUCCCGUAGAUCCAUAACGUCCCGCGGAAACUCCCAAUUACGAUCCUCGCCGUUGGCAUCCUCGUCAGCAUUAGGUUCAGGUUCAGGUUCAGGUUCUCCUUGUUGUUCAUCAUGACCGUUAUUCUCCGACUCCUCCUGAUGGGGAUGACCAUUACUUUCAGACUCCUCAUGGGGAUGACCAUUAUUCGACUCUUCCGGAUCUGGUUGGACGUCUUCAGCUUUUACAUCAGCAGAAUCUGUUACCAUCGAAGUGACCUCAUUCGAUGUGUUUCCUUCAUUGUCCUGACUUGAUCCAUUUACUUCAUUAGAGCUAUUGUUCUUUUCCUCUGGCAUCUCAGAUGAUGCUUCAGCCACAGGUUCUUCAGUGCCGUCAGCCGCCCCCUCAUCAACGGACGUAUCGCUUGAAGAGUCAUCACUCAGUGAUGCUGAUCUCUCGCGAUCGCCAUCAGGUUCACGAUCGCGAAGACCUCGUGCUUCACGCUCGAAGCCAAGAAUAGCGUUUAACCAGUGUAGGCCCAUUCUGUCGUCAUCGUCGAGCUCUUCAUCGUCCGCCGGAGGUCCUUCAUCUGCAAAAACGAACAUUCCAGCGCCGAAGUCAAAAUCACGAUCGGUAUCACCGUGACCUGGUCCGUUCGCUCGUUCUCCAUCUUGCAGUUGAACUGUUACUAUAUCGCGCAUCAUAACAUCGCGACCCCUCUGCUCACGUCUAGCUCGAUCGUGCCCUUCAAGACGGAUGCGAGCUGCUCCAAGAUUCCGAAACAGUUCAACACGAAUUGGAUGACGAAUAAUGUUGAGUUCUUCAUGAUUCUGUCCGUUGCCCAUUUCACCAUCACCAUCGGCUUGAGAAGAAUUAUCAGGCCCUGAUGGAACCGACUCAUCGACAAUACUUCGCAUAAAAACUGGGCACUCCUUCAGAACGUUUUUUCGAAGGGAUGCUCGUAUGACAUCUCUGCACAAAUCAGCCAAAGAAGGAGGUCGAACUAAGCAGGGGAGGCAAUCACGACGGUCUUCUUCCUUUGGUGGCAGUAGAUCUGCGAACUGGCAUGCCAUAAGAACUUGGGAUGAAAAGGUAUUCUCACCAGUACGUGUAUAAGCCAUCAAGCUAUUCCUAAUUGGGACAAUAAGUUUGCCACCGAUUUCUAAUAAUUUGAUAAGUCGAUUAACAGUAUCCUCAUCUGAAACUGCAGCUCCGCAGUAAACACGAUCGUACAAGUGUGCUGUCUGACUCAUUUCUUGGGCUAGGCCAUUGCCGUGGAAAAACGCAGGUUUCGUCCAGGGGAACGCACAGACCUCAGGACGUUCAAUGGUUUCUGCAAGUUUCUCUUCGGCAAAUUUGAUAAGGUUCUCAUGAAUUUCUACUCCAUGAUUGAUUCCAGAACCACCAAUCAAGAAACCGGCAGCUGUACUCAGCCAGCCGGUACCAGACCCAACAUUGAGAAAAGCGUGUCCUGGUUUCAAGUCAAGCUUUUCCAAAACAGUAGCAUACAUGCUUGGGGCAGAUAUGUGAAGUUUUCCGGGAGUCCAUUCUCCAGUAGCUUCAGCAGGGACCUUAAAUGGAUUAUCACGAUACGCCUCGUCCACAUAAUCGAUAGGGAAAAAGCGUCCCCUGUCAACAAGUCUGAAAAUAACUUUGAUGUUUGGAAAUAUAUUGAAUGUGUAUUUAUCAAAGCUGACCUGAAAACCAGUUCAACUUCUUUUGAAACUAUUUGUCCAUGUUUAACCAAGUUGUCUGUCAGAUCGUCAUUGUCUUUGCUAGCCGCUACUCCCAUAACCUCGAAAUAUGUUGAAUUUAGGGAGUGCAAUGAAGAUUGGAAACAACUGGAGCAGGAAUCAAAGAUGUGA